CACGUGGAAGAUGUCAAAGGACGUCGUCAUAUUCGGCCUGUCGUAGGAGGAUAUAGAUUUCGUCUCGCCUACAAAAGCUCCAAUACAAGGCUGCAUCGAAAACCUCUCUGCCGUGAAGAAAGGUCACUAGGAGGUGCGCAGGAUGUCGGUGAACAGCCGCGGCGAGGUGGCUGGCCUCAAACCGGCGGUCCUCCAGGCGGGGAAGCGCGAGACGGUGGUGUACAGCAACUACUCCCGACUCAGCGAACACCUCCGUCAGAUGACGCCGACGGAACUCCAGUGUUCGGUGUUCUGCGGAGGACGGAAGUGCAAGUAUGACAACAACGACCACUGGAAGUCCGAACAGAUGGCCGUCGAUGGCAUCUAUUCGCACUGGGUAACGGACAACAUUUUGGCGAUGGCGAGACCUAACACAGAAAUUAUUCAACGGAAAGACAUCGUGGAGCAAUUUGUCAAGAACAACAUCAAGACCGUGAUUAACCUCCAAAUUCCGGGCGAGCACGCUUCGUGUGGCGGUCCCCUCGAGGAGUCGGGCUUCAGCUAUGACCCCAGCGUCUUCAUGGAGAACGGAAUUUUCUACUACAACUUUGGAUUAAAGGACUACGGAGAACCAACUCAAGGAGGCCUUCUAGACAUGGUGAAAGUCAUGGCGUUCUCCUUGUCUGAGGGAAAGGUCGCUGUUCACUGUCAUGCAGGACUUGGGAGGACAGGUGUGCUAAUCGCGUGCUACUUGGUGUUCGCCCUUAGAGUACGUGCCAACGAUGCCAUCCGGUACGUACGCAUGAAGAGACCGAACGCCGUGCAGACGUCGGGCCAAAUCCAAGUCGUGCAGGAAUUCGAACAGUAUAUUCUACCGCAGCUCUAUCUCUAUUGUAACAGAGAGUUCAUGAAGGAGAAACGCAAUCCUGAGUUCACUUUGCACCAGUACCUCCACCGCCAGAGGACCGUCUUGCAUGGUUACGAGGCGCGGACACUCAAGAAUAUCCCAAAGCUGGUCUAUCGAGUAUGCGAAAGGCUACUUCGCCUCUGCGGGUGUGCCGGGAGUGCCGCGCCCCCGCACCUCCUAGCGCCCUUGGAGAUCUCGUACACAGUAGGAACACCUUCCUUCACAUCCUUCUUCCUGUCCGCGCAGUACGACCACGAGACGAGGGUAUCCUACUCUGCUCCCCAAAGUCUCGGUUCCCCAGCCCUCUCUGCAAGCCUCAAUAGCCAAAGAUCAAGUGGUGUCCGCGUGCCCUCCGAGGAUGACUCAGGAUACCCCGGGGGCGAGGAGUUCUCCAUGGGCGAGGUGUCGGUGCCCUCAUCAGCCCAGUACCCGAAUCGGCGGCUUAAUGAUGAGACGCCAGACAUUCCUUCCUGUAUGUCAGGCUUACCAGAGCGCAGUAUCGACAGUCUUCUGAACGAUGGGAUACGGGACCAGAAACUAACGGAUAAUUCAUGUUAUAAAGAACUCGCGUCACAGACCGAUCUUCGUAAGCAAGCCGCGGAGGAGGAUCUUAAGGUGAUUCUUCCCAAGGAGGUGUACGAAGCCAUACUUGUCGAUCACUCAGUCCUUAACAGCGAGUUCAAGAAGCAACUCAAGAAUUAUCGAAUAGAUCUCAACGUCAAACAGUCAGCGUGGGAGAGACUGAACACAGAAACAAACCUCUAUUUACUCACAGGACUGUUGUUUACGUGGCUGGAGCACCUGCGGACGCCCGUGUUGGAUGUCGAUGCCUUGUCUUAUAUCGUCCUAGCCAGCAGCAAGCCUGAAGUCUGCCUGAGAAAGUUGGAUAAGGAGGUUCGCUACACCCUGGAGUACCUCAUCCGCUUCGUCGCCCGCCUCCAGCCAUUCACCCGAGUCCAGCAGGAGGCCGUCCUCAGAAGACUCAUCGCCUCCCUCACCCAGCAGGCCGUUCCCGUGCGAGGCACCCUUCUUCCUGCAGGGAAAGGGUACACCAAGCUACGUGAAGGAACUCUGCGGAAAGUGGUCGAAUUUAUCAACAAGUUCUUCGACCUCGUGUACAUGGAGUCGCGGUCGGGAAGUGCAGUGUCCGCCUCGUCCUCCACUGCGGAGGACUACGCCGCCCGCAUCACUCCACCGGGCCAGGUAGUCACCCCGCCGCCUGAGGAAGGCGCAGAGGCAGGAGGAACGUGUAACGACAAUUCGUAGAACGUCGGUGGCGCUCCUGCUGCGUUGCUGUGAUAUCGUUCUCUCGCCCAUUGUGUUGAUAUGGGCCUUAAUUAACAAUGGCCCAUAAUUAGCCAUGGCCCUUAAUUAACCACGACCUUGAACCCUGGGGGACGACCUAAGAACCCUCAGAAGAUUUCAAACUUCGGAGCUGACUUCUGCAAAGGUGAAACUAAAGGAGAUUAGUUCUUAAAAGCUAUCUCAGGGCCGGCCUUGCCUUUGCUCCCUAGGACUUGUCGACGAAGACAGCAAAGGACCAAGAACUUUUAACUGGUAAGAUGUAAAACGUGACACGGGAUUCACUUCUUUAUAACCUCUAUGUCGUGAAUGCACGCCAUUGUCUUGUGACUUUAGAUCUUGGAUUUCUUCAUUUUGUUUUUAGCGGCAUCAACCUCAUCAUCAUUAUUAUUAUUACUACCAUUAUUAUUUUAUUGCUAUUAUUAUUAUUA